GCUCGAUUUCAAAGUGGUUACAGGUGGUACAUUUCAUACUAUCUUUACACAUUUAAUGGCAAUACUUUGGAACUCAAUCCAGGCGCUCAUUUUGAGUGCAGCAGGUCCAGCAGUGACCCACAAUAGUAGCUGUCGACUGUGGUGGGCAGCUGGGUUGAGAAUUGUAGCAAAUACUCCCGCAGGUUCGGAUGUCAUUGGUGGGAACUGCGUUCACCCCGGCGAUGGCGAUAAGGAUGGCAAGAACUGCAAUCACCCAAGCGACAGGGACAAAGAUGGCGAGGUAGACGAACUGAAUAGGCUUCAUAGUACCUGCAGGAAACAUUUAAUUGUGUGAUAUACGCAGAGUUGUCACUAUGGCAAGUCCUAGAAGAGUGCAAAGGAGGUAGUCGUAUCUGAGGCUUUUGUGAUUCAACUGCGUCGAAUUUAUACUGUGCUUGAUGUUGGAGCUGGAGCGAUGAGCCGACCUCCUGAGGGAUUUUUGCGCAAUGUACUAGGGCAUUUGCGAAUUCAGCGGUAUGACAUAGGGCGCAGGUGCCCUUUAGAUUAGAUUAUGCUGUCCGGCAUGGGGUAGAUUACCCCAACUGGACAUAAAACUGGACUGCAAAAAAAUUUCACCGACAACUAAGUCUAGGUAAUAAU